AUGAAUAUCAUUGAUGUAACAUCGUUAAGCUCGGCCCAGCGAGAGGAGAACGCAAUUCGACUGGAUGCCAUUGAGAGUAUCGAUGAGAUCUAUAAGACCUAUAUACCAGCUACAAACACCUCAUCUACGACCACCCUGAAGGAAGCUAAGAGUGAGAACUCUGACGAGGACAGUAAAGAGGUUGGAAAUGUAGAAAAUGAAGUUAAGGUUGAGAAUUCUGUAGAGUAUUCCUCAACUUCGGUAAAUUCUUCGUCAUCAGUAAGUACAGAGAAACCAGAAGAUGAUUCCUCCGCAUCGGUAAAUGCACAGAAGAUUUCGGGAUCAGAUAUUACGAGAUGCGUAACAGAAACUCCAGUGGUAUCCAAAGAAGAAAAAUCAUCUUCUUUCCGUAUGCAUUCUGGUGAAAUUGAAAAAGGUUUCGAUGAGAAAUGUAGUCCAAAUAGUUCAGAAGGCAAGGAAUACCAACAUUAUUCGAACAUAAAAAAUCAAUUGCGAUCGAUGAGUUGUGGAAAUACAAAUAAAAAACUAGGGGGGGCGGAUCAGAUUGGCGCAACGGAAUAUUAUGCCCAGCAGAUGGGCUUGCCCAUGGCAUUGGGAAUGGAUCUGGAAACGGCUUCAAAAAUGGGAAAUAGUUUGGGAAUGGAUAUGGGCAUGGGCAUGGGCAUGGACAUGUCUCUUAGUAAUGCCAAUCACUUUAGCCAGUCCAGCGCUUUGGGCUCCUAUCAUAAUCCAAUGUCAGAGGAUGAAUAUUUCAAGUACAUGCAAUCUCAAUCUCAGACGUUUCCUGGCAUGGACUAUAAUUAUAUGCAAUACCAAGCGCCAGCAAUGUAUCAGCCACAACAACAAUUGCAGCCACAGCAGCAACAGCAGCAGCAGCAGCAGCAGCAGCAGCAGCAGCAGCAGCGCCACGUAGCCGGAUCCUACCACGAUAACAACUCCAACAGAUACCCAUCGGAGGCGUACCCGAACGCAUCCAUGAUCUACAGCAAGCCCUGUUACAAUGCAUCCGACACCAACUCGAGCCAAAUGGAGUGCGAAUGCAAAGAUCAGACUUCGGAUGCGAAUAGCCUCAGCCAGGAGCACAGCGAAGCCGUCGAGAUGGAGCAUGCCUGUGAAAUGCACGCCACGGGGGGCUUCAGCUGCCCCCAGAGCGCAGAGCAGGUGAACGGCAUCAGUGCAGCGGGCCACACGGAUCCGAUGGGCAGCUACAACUACAACCCAAACACGAGGAAUACUUGUGGUAGCCCACCCGCAGCUGAUCUGCGAGCCAUGUCCAGCAGGCAGACGUCGCAGCCUUGCUACCAGCCACCGCCCACCUAUCAGCCGCAGCCCAGCUAUGCGCCGCCACCUUGCUUCCCGCCGCAACCCUCCUAUCAACCCGCCUGUCCGCCCUCCGGCCCACCCUCUUUUCCUGCUCCGAGCAAUUUAAGCUAUGCGCAGAUGCCUCAAGCCGAUAACAGCAACAGCAACUGCAUCGAUAUUGAGGGAUUCAUAAAGCAGGUGCUGGCUACGCAAAAUCCGUGCUUUCCCAACUGUCUGACCAGCCCCUCGCCGCCCUGCCUAGGCUUCGGCAUGGCUCAGGGUGCAUGCCAAGCUCCUGCUGGAGCUGCUGGCAUGAGCAGGAACGGUGGCUCCAACAACGACAGCAAUGCUGCGCCUGUGGAGCUGCAGCAUCAGACCGUUUACUCAACGUCCUAUAAGCCCUUCAAUGCGCCGGGCAACUCAUUCAAUCACUUUCCCAAGUGCGACACCUGCCGCAAUAACAACAGCUGCGAGGCCUGCUCCACCUGCAGCAACUGCAUGAGCCAUACGCCGCCCAUAAGUUAUUCUGCUGCGCCACCCUGCGUGACGAUGCCCGAACCGAGCAGCUGUGGGAUGCAUCUGUGUGCGGGCUCUGCGACUCAGAUUACGCCCAGCGUUCCGUGUAGCUAUGCCUGUGCCGCGCCUUGCCCAAUGCCCUCCCAGAUGCCCUGCCCAAUGCCUUGCCCAAUGCCCUCCCAGAUGCCCUGCCAGAUGCCCUGUCAGAUGCCCUGCCAGAUGCCCUGUCGAAUGCCCUGUCAGAUGCCCUGUCGAGUGCCCUGUCAGAUGGCUUGCUCUAUGCCCUGCUCUAUGCCCUGCCCUAUGCCCUGUGCUCUGAUGCCUUGCUCCGGUGCUCCUUAUGAAAUGCCCAUCGAUGGCGACUCCGAUCCGCAGAUAUUCAAUUUCGUUAACAAGACAACCAGCUGUAAUCUCAGCCAGUACUCCAAUUUAAACUCGCCUAAAUGA